GCUAGUGAACAGAUUGGUAAAUAAUAAACUUAUUAUUUAUCAAUCUAUUUAAUGGACUGCUGCAUGCACAACUUUUUUGCCACAUUAAACAUCGACAGUCAACUCUUUGAACUUGUGUCAUGUCUUUUAACAGAAAAGGUCACCCCAGAAAACUUAUUUUUUUUGUCAAAGCUAAUAAAAACCUUGCACUAAGUUUAGCCACUCACCAGAGUUUCAGCCUCUAAAGUGCAGGUUUUUCAUGUGAAAUUCAUCUCUCAAGAAGCCAUUUUGAACAGUACUUAGCAGCCAGGCCACAUUUUCCUGAGGUCAUUCCAUCCAAGGGAUUUUGCUAAUGGCUUCCAUCAAGGCUUUAAAACUACCACCCUAGGUCAUGGCUGCUCAAACCCUAUCAUUUUGUGUUGUACAUGCUCUAAACCCCGAAAAUGAUAGCAGUAAAGACAACGAAGUGGAUAAUCGGUUGGAAAAAAACACAAUUUGCUGACCUUGUGAAGGAUGCCAAGUUAGUUGCAGGUUUUUCUCCUUCCUGCCAAUUUCGAGUUGGACAGAAUGAUGUAACACAAACACAGCCUGGCUGCCAAGUACAGUUUCAAAAUGGCAGCCCCCAAAGUCACAUUUUGGGGAGUCAGGAUAGCAGGCAGUUUAGAGGCCAGAACUUUGGCGAGUGGAAAACCCAAUGUUUUCUUGCUUAUAGGUGAAGACAAAAAAGUAAGCUUUUCGGAGUGACCUUCUCCUUAAAAGAACCUCACUUUUUUCCUACAGUACAACAUUUAUCCAGUACCAGAGACAUUAGAACAGACCUUCCAACAAAUUAGUGUAAACUCCCGCCUUAGAUAAAUGUAUUAUCACAUCAGAACCCAUCUUGACUAAAUUUUUCCAUUUUAUGUACAGAACCUUGAGGAUGAUGAAGAGUUUCAACAAGCUCUGAAAACAAGUCAUGGACAAAGGCCUGGUGUAAAAACUGGCAUGAAGACAACAUCAGCUGGGCGUGGCAAAGUUCCAGGAUCUUCAAUGGGGCGACCUACAACUGGAAUUGCAGAUACAGGGAUGGCUCGUCCAAUGACUGCAGUUCGUGCAGUGGGUUAUACAUCAUCAGAAAGAUCUCCUAUGACCAGUGGUGGCCAGUUUGACCCAUUCAACCAGGCACGUUUACCUGCCCCUCCCCUGGAAGGGAAGGGCGAGGAAAGUCCAGAGGAGAAAGUCAAGCAAAUGGAAAAGAAAGUAAAUGAACUGAUUGAAGAAAGCUGUUUUGCUAAUGACAGAGGGGAAUUUCCACUGGCUCUUGAUAAAGCCAAGGAGGCUGGUCGUAAAGAGCGUGCACUGUGUCGACAGAGGGAGCAGGCAACCCAUCAUGACCAGAUAAACCUGGAUUUGACUUACUCUGUGCUGUUCAAUCUGGCCAAUCAGUACCAUGCUAACAAAAUGUAUGCUGAGGCACUGAACACAUACCAGGUUAUUGUCAAGAACAAGAUGUUCAGCAAUGCAGGACGGUUAAGAGUGAAUAUGGGAAAUAUUUACUUUGAGCAAAAGAAAUAUCCACAAGCAGUAAAGCAGUAUAGAAUGGCCUUGGACCAGGUGCCUAACACACACAAGGACAUGAGGAUAAAAAUCAUGCAGAAUAUUGGUGUGGCAUUUGUCAAGAUGGCACAAUUUACUGAUGCUGUCACCUCAUUUGAGCAUAUCAUGGCUGAGAAGGCAAGUUUCCAGACAGGUUUCAACUUGCUGUUGUGCCACUAUGCCUUAGGAGACAAGGAGAAAAUGAAGAAGACAUUUCAAAAGUUGUUAACUGUUAGCCUUGGCUUUGAUGAUGAGGACAAGUACACUUUAACAGGGGAUGAUCCACAACAAGCAUUGAUUCUCGAAGUAAUCAGAAAUGACAGACUCAGACAAAUUGAACGACAAAAGAAAUCCCAAGCUGAUAAAUGCAUUAUGAGUGCAGCAAGACUCAUAUCUCCUGCAAUUGAGAGUAGUUUUGCAGCUGGAUUUGACUGGUGUAUAGAAUGUGUGAAGGUAUCACCUUACUUAGAAUUGGCCAAUGAGCUAGAAAUAACAAAAGCUGUUACUUAUCUGAAAGAGAAGGAUCUUGCUAAGGCUAUUGAAACCCUUAAAGGUUUUGAGAAAAAGGACUCAAAAGUGCAAUCUACCGCAGCCACUAAUUUGUCAUUUCUGUACUUUCUGGAAAAUGAGGUGUCCCAGGCUGAUAAGUAUGCAGAACUUGCAAUUACAGCUGAUCGCUAUAACCCUGCAGCACUGGUGAACAAAGGGAACUGUUUGUUUGCUAGUGGAGACUACGAGAAGGCACGAGAAUAUUAUCAGGAGGCAUAUAAUGUUGAGGCAUCUUGUACUGAGGCCUUAUUCAAUUUAGGUCUUGCAGAGAAGAAGUUAAAUAGGCCUGAACUGGCUCUGGACUGCUUCUAUAAGCUACAGGCAAUCCUCAAGAACCAUCCUCAAGUCCUUUAUCAGAUUGCAAGCAUAUAUGAAACAUUGGAAGACAAAGCUCAAGCUAUUGAAUGGUACAUGCAGCUUGUUUCUGUGGUCCCUACUGAUCCAUCAGUGCUGUCAAAACUUGGUGAAUUAUAUGACAGUGAACAAGACAAGUCACAGGCAUUCCAAUAUCACUUUGAGUCUUACAGAUAUUUCCCAUCUAAUAUUGAUAUCAUCUCAUGGCUUGGGGCUUACUACAUUGAUUCCCAGUUCUGUGAAAAAGCAAUACAUUACUUUGAAAAAGCUGCAGUGAUACAACCAAAUGAAGUCAAAUGGCAACUUAUGAUAGCAAGUUGUUAUAGAAGAAGUGGUAAUUAUCAGCAAGCUUUGGAAACAUACAAAACCAUACAUAAAAGGUUCCCUGAAAAUGUAGAAUGUCUUAAAUUCUUGGUGAGAAUUUGUACAGAUCUUGGACUAAAAGAUGUUCAGGACUAUGCUCAGAAACUGAAGAAGGUGGAAAAAGCAAGAGAGUUGAAACAACAGCGAGCCAGCAGUGGAUCCAGGAAAGGAAGUGGAAAAGCUGGAAGUGCUAACAUGCCUGCCACUGGUGGUUCACGUAACAGCAGUGCAGGAAGUGAGUCAGGAAGAGUGGACAGUGGUGGCAGUAGGAGAAGUGCCAAUCGUUCUGCUGGACGAACAAAGCCAAUAGUUCCAGAUAACGAUGACUCAUUCAAUUUUGGUGGAGCAAAGGAAGUUGAUGCUACUUAUGCAGACCCCUUGGGAGAAGCUCCUGCUAGGCCCAAGACUGCUGGAAGGCAACGGCCACAGCAAGUCGAGGAUGAAUUUGGUGAUGAAGAGAUUGGAGAUGACCUUCUCCCAGAUUAAAGAAGCUAUUAAUAUUCUGUUCAAAGCCAAACAUUUAUGAAUAGAAAAUUACUUUGACACUUGCAUUGACUUGUAUCAAGGCUGUUAGUUGAACCAUCGCAAGAAUAGUAACCAUAGUCAUAAGAAAUAGUGGUCUGUUGUAAAUACCGGUAUUGGUCUAAAUGAGACUCAAAAGGAAAUAUUUAAGGGAUGUACAGAAUGAGUGACUGUGUUGUGACAGAUUGAGUCUUGAACUUAAGUUUGUAAAUUUGGUACAAAACAGACAUGAAUUCUGCCUGACCUAUCAAGUCUUGAUAGAUGGAACCUUCUCUUUCAGUUGUUUGAUUAGGAUGUAUUUCUAGUCAAGAAAAUUGAGCCAUACAUUCAUGCUAAUCAGGAAUGGAUCUGAAAUAACAGAUGCUCGAAAACAAUUUAUCUUCUUUCAUUUGAUUCUUCAUGGAUUUGUCAAUAAAUAAAUGAUAGCAUUCUAAGAACAUAGUAAAGAAGUGUAUCUUAAGAGCACUGGCUUAUGAAUGCACUAAUCUUGAAUUAUGUUUGCAAGUUUAUUUUGAACAAUUAUUUGCAUCAGAUUUUGGCAUUAAAGAGGGUAGCAACAGAGGGUAUCCAUCCCGUUGCACUCAUGGAUUUAAACAAAGUUCACCCAGCACCAUCUUGGAUGUCUUUUAGUUGCUUUUCACACAUCUCACACUAAUUUUUGCUAUCAUCAUGUGUCAUUCGUGAACCCUUUGCCAUCCUUAUUAUGCGUGAAUGUAAAGGAGUUCAUCAGAUUGGACCUAUUGAAAACUACAGAAUUACAUGCCGUGCCAAAGAAGGAUUUCAUUCCUGUUAUUACUCAAAAUUGAAAAUAAUCCUUUUUCUCCCACUCGGGGCAUUGGGCUACAUGUCUCAUCCCCAGGCCCCUCUCCUUGGUCGCAGCAUGGUACACCUGUUGCUUUGUGUUUCACCACCAUCAAGAAUUCAUUCCUACUUUGUAAUAUUACAGUACUGUUUAAAUUAUUUGUAAAAUAUCCCAUUUAAAAAGGCAUUAAAAAUGAAUGAAAA